CAUUACUUUAGACCUCAAUAUAUUGCCACAAAAUCUGUAGAAUAAUGAGUACCAUGGUUUCUGUCGUAAAUUAAAAAAUAAAAUUAUGGAAAGGGAAGGUACGUAACUGACUAAUUAAAUUUUUUUCCUCAAAAGUGAAAUGAUUUUGAAAGAGUAUAUUGGAUAUAUACUUCUUCUCACAUUCACAUAUAUAGUCGUUUACUUUAGUUACAUUCGAAAUGAAGAAGAUGGUAUACAGAAGCCAGACGUACACACGCAAAUAACGUACCAACAAGCGACCGUUGAUAAUGUUUCAAAAGUGUCGAGUCUACAAGAGAAUAAAACACAAUUAAUCAAAUAUAUUUUGUAUUGGACAAAAAUGUUUGAUCGUGAAGACUUUUAUUACGGUUUAGGAUACGAACCGUUUCAAAAUUGUGAAUACAAGAACUGUUUUACCACAUCAAAUAAAAAUCAAAUGGACAUCAGAGAUUUUAACGCACUUGUGUUUCACGGUCCAUUAUACGACUUUAAAGAAAAUGGUAAGCCAUGGGCACGAUCUAACCAUCAACGGUAUGUUUUUGCGAAUUUAGAAUCACCAGAAACUUAUAACACAAAUCUUAAUUAUGCAAAUGGAUUUUACAACUGGACAAUGACUUACAGGAAUUUCGCUAUUGCGUAAGACUAUUGGCAUACA